UCUUUUUCUUUUUCUUUUUCUUUUUCUUUUUCUUUUUCUUUUUCUUUUUCUUUUUCUUUUUCUUUUUCUUUUUCUUUUUCUUUUUCUUUUUCUUUUUCUUUUUUCUUUUCUUUUUUUAAUCCUCAGAUCUAAAUGGAGUGACGUGCGCCCUUGAAAGAAACAGAAUAGAAACCCUCCAGCAGUAAAGAAAUCAAUGGGGCAAAUUUCACUGUUUAGGGGACUAGGAUCUCAAACUCAUUUGUUUAGGGCAACGGGGAGAAGGAAAUUCGUGAUGUGGUUCGCCUGUGUCACAGCCUUGGAGGUCCUGUUCGGGCCGUCGAGUGGCACAGCUGAGAUUUCUGAUCGUAAUCUGAAACGGAAAUAGCUGCCAUUUAGGAGACGUAACCAUUUCCACUAUCGCAUUUUACCUACCCGUAAAAUGCAAAUUUAUCGCUAAUUUCAAUAGCUGUUUCGUCAGAGACUGUGAGGAAUUGGCUGAUUAAUAAAUAUACCCUAGAGAUAAAUUAUCCCUCCGAAUAAGGUUAUCAGCGUUAAAAUUGUAAAAGUGCUUUCCAGACGUGAAAAAUUAGGUAUGUGACAGAAAGAUAAUUAAUUAGAGAAAAAAAUAAAACAGAAACGAAACCGCCGUAGGAGCACUAACUCUCUUCACAUUCAAAGAGAUGGCAGCUUGUCUUAGAAAAAUUCAUCAUUGCGAAAAAAAUUGCUCUGCAGUUGCUGUCUCUCUGAAUUGAUAGGAGAGCAGAAAAUGCUCAAUGCCUGUCACCGACAAACAGUGCUGUGGAAUCAGUUUAUCUUUACAUUAAAUCUGGGACAUAUUAACUGUUCCGUGGUCUAAAGUCUGUCUGCUCUGCCUUUCCAGCCAUGAUUGAAUCUGAAGGAAAUCAGAUGUGCGAGAGUGAUCGAAAUGUGCUAAGCUAGAGGAUCUUGCAGGAGUUUAAACUCCGUCGCGGAGGAGAUGAGAUCGAUAGAGGAGAGGAAGGAAGGAAAUGGAUGUCAUCUGUCCGAGGGCGCUCCCGCAGCCUCCUCGCCCUCCCGCCCAUCUCCGACGGUGCCUUCCGCCGCCCCGCUCCGCACUCCCGCCGCCCGCGGCCGCCGGGCCACACACGCCACCGCCACCGGUGCGACGGCCCCGGCGCGGCCGCGGGAGCAGAGCCAGCCGCCGCGCGUUCCCGCCGAGGAGACCCUGACCCCUUGCUCCACACCGCUCCGCACCCCUCCAAGCCGCACUGCGGGAUGCGCGCAGCCUGCCCGCUCUACGGCGGAUGGACGGAUCGCCCGGAUUGUUUUUAUUUUUAGAGGAAUGCCCCUUGUUGUUGAUUUUUUUCACUCCUCCCUAGAUUUCUGCAGGUUGCUAUGUAGCAUGCUGCUUUCAUUUCUUGGCUUUUUGAAAUAACUGUUUGGAUUUAAAUUUAUCGAACAACCUGUUAUCCAUAUGUC